AUUUUAAUAUAUAAUUUAUAUAAAUACAUUAAAGAAUCUUGAUCAUGGCAGAGAAGGAAUUGAACCAAAACACAUGUUUCAACUUUUCAUUCUUCAAAGACAUGAUGAAGGAAUUGCGUCGUGUGGACGACAACAUUGUUCCUCGUCUCAACUCAACCGAUACUCAUUCAGAGGCUGCUUGUGCUGAUUUCUUUAAGCAGCUUUCUUCAGCCUAUGCCAAACGCGAGAAUGCGAUCAACUAUUGUCUCAAGACAAUGGAUAAUGUUAUCGAAACAAAGUACAAGAAGCUCCAAGAAGAUCCUGAUGAUUAUGAUACCCAGUCCAGUCUUUACUCUGAUGAAUCAAAGCGUCGUAUGGUUGCCAACGAAUUGAUGGUAGAGGAUAUUGUUCGCGAACGGACACUCCAGGUCUUCAAGAGCAAGUGCAGAAUCUUUGACACUUCUUCUCUCACAAUCAAGUCAUAGUUUAUACAACAACAUAUAUAUAUAUACAUGUUAUAAAUACUCACUAAUAAAACAUCAAAAAACACAAGAAAUAUAUAUAUACUACUCUUCUAUAUCUACAUUAUUUUACACAUUUAAUCCACAAUGCUUAUAUUAUUUUAAUUAUAAUAUAUAUAUAUAUAUAUACAGU